AACGCCGAGACUGACAUAUUUCCUGUAAUUUUCUUAUAUUUUAUAUGGACUCGCCGCACACGGUUGACGCCGGUGGCGGCCACACGCUACAAAUCGUUUCUAUACAAAAGCUUCUCGUGACGGUGUUUGGGCUGUGGCCGGUGGCCCGUGUGCGGCGACACUAAAUUGCUGCUGUUUUAUAAGGUGUAUUGACAAACCUAUGAAGGUUGAGAUAGUAUAAUUUUGCAUUUUUAAAUUUAUUUCUAUGCAUUCCAUUUGUAUGCAAUAUUGAUAUUGUUUCGUAAUGUAUAUGCAUGCAUUAUAGCAGGGCUGAUUUGUUUGCAAUUUUACACACUCCACAUUAGAGUGUAGCUGUACUAAAGUGCCAAAGGUCCUGGAUUUGAAUAUAAAACUAAAUGUCAUAAUAUCACAAAAUGGUUAAAUUAAAAACAAGAAUGUAAUGAAAAUUUGAAAAUAUUUAUUAAAACUAAAGAUUACAAAUAUAAUAUUCCAGUGUCCUCCAGUCAGCAAGAUGGAGUCAGCACCAUCCAGUACAACAAUAUUCAUAGACGUGGGCACCGGGCCAGAGCCUUACACGCUGCCCGUAGACUUCUGCCAGCCGCCGCCCGUGCAGCAGAUACACAUCAUGCAACUAGCUGAGCCGAGUGUGAUGGAGACUGAUGCUGUGGAGAGUGGUUGUAAAAGCCAAGAAGAGUCCACUGUAGAGCCGACACCCCAACAAACAGCAUCCAUUGCAGAAGAGAACUCAACACUUCUUGUGAUCCAGCCAAAAACGUUCAAAUGUCCAGAAUGCCCGCGGUUUGCUGCAGAAACCGAUGAAAAACUGCAGAGGCACAUCAAAAAAAUACACAGAGGUGUCAAUCCUUUUAGCUGCUACAUGUGUGACUAUUCUACGUCUAACAAAACUAUGUUUGAAGAACAUGUCAGAAUACAUCAAGGUAUUAAACCUUUUAAAUGCUCGUAUUGCAGCCACAGAAGCGCAUCAAAGAAGAAUAUGAAAAAGCACGAGUUAAUCCACCGACCUGACAACCCACUGCGCUGUCAAAACUGUGGCUUCAUAGCCCAAAACCCUUCGUCACUAAAAAGCCACGAGAAAAAAUGCUCGGACAACGAGUGCAAUAAAUGUGACUUUAAAUCUGAGGACGCAGACGAAAUGAAACGGCACAUGCGUGCACACAAGGGGUUAAAAAUCUACAAGUGUAAAAUGUGCAGUUACAAAACUAAGUCGUCGGUCAAUUACAAAGUGCACAGUAAAGCGUGUAAGACGAAAGUGAAAGAUGUGAAUGUGAAAUUCACUUGUGCGGUGUGUCAGUGGUCGUCUAAGCAAGAUGUGAAGAUACUGUUGCACUUGAUACACCAUCCUGAACAGGAAGUGGAUGAGAGUGUGAUCGAUGUUAGUGUGUUGCGUAAACAUGGCAUUAUGGUGUGAAGUAUUGCAGGCAGUUUAUAUCUUAAGGGGAUAUGUAUAAAUGUUACAUUCGACUCAUUCGAGAGAAUAGGAUGGAAUAGAAUGGGUGUCAUUCUCUAGUGAUCAUUGAUCAUAGACUGAGCCGAAUAGUGUAAAAUAACCUUUAGGGUGAAGCCCCAUUAGUGCGUUACGUCGACGCAAACGAACGAACAUAGAAAAUAUAUAGAAAACUACGAGAAACGCACUGAUAUAGCCUCACCCUUACUGUUGAUGGAAGAAUUUAACUGGGGGGACUGAUUUAGGGUGCCCGCACACGACCGCUUUUUGUAC